GAAAUAUAUUAAAGGUCAAUUUUUCAUGGACGUGCAUCCACCACUAGCAAAGAUGCUAAUCGCACUUGCUGGUGUAUUGGGUGGUUUUGACGGAAACUUUGAUUUUAAAGAAAUUGGAAAAGAUUAUCUUGAGCCAAAGGUCCCAUAUGUAAUGAUGCGUUUGUUUCCCACAAUUGCGGGAAUAUUCGUCAUACCAAUAAGCUAUAUGACCAUUAAAUUAGCCGGAUUUUCAACCAUCUCUGCUUUUAUGGUAGCAACUUUAUUGAUAUUUGAAAAUGGAUUGGUAACCCAAAGCAGAUUGAUCUUGUUGGACUCACCGCUGGUCGCCUCCACUGCCUUCACCGUUCUGAUGUGGGUGAAAUUUCUAAAUGAACAAAAGAGACCAUUUAGAUUUUGGUGGUGGGUUUGGUUGGCAAUGACAGGAGUUGGUCUCGGGCUGACUGUUAGACAAAAGCAAGAAAUUAAAUCAAAUGCUAACGAUAGAAGCGAAGAAGCGAAUGAUGACAGGGAAGUGGAAAACUUGGGUGAAGAGGUGAUGGAUAGAAAACUCAUGGAAGAAGAGAACAAAGCGAUCUCAGAAAAAGUAGACGAUUGCGAUGUAAUAAUAAAAUCUGAUAACAAGGAUUCUUCACCUUUAUCUAAGAAGAAAUCUCAUAAAAAACCUACGAAUCGGUUUAUUGUUUUCGUUGCAAACUUGCCUCUUGAUAUAAAAAAAGAAGAAUUGUCCAAGCAUUUCGAGUCGGCUGGAACCCCUAUGUCUGUUCGACUUAUUACCGAUAAGAAAUCAAGAAGAUCAAAAGGUUAUGCUUUCGUAGAAUUUGAUAACCCGCAGGCAAUGAAAAGAGCGCUAAGGUUUCAUCACACAAAGCUCAAGAAUAAACAGAUAAGAGUAGAAUUGACGGCUGGGGGUGGCGGUAACAAAAGUUUAAUACGUAGAAAAAAACUUGAAGAAAAGAAAAAGAAGCUGAAUGAAGAGAGACGUAAAAUUCACGAGACUUACAUCGCGCCCAAGAAAUCAAAAUCUUCAGAUAAUGUUGAUGAUUCUACUACAAAAAUCCUCGACACAAACACGAGUGAAGUGAAAGUCGACGGAAAUGUGUUAACGAAAAAACCAAGAUUGAAGGGUUCUAAUGCUGUCAAACCGGUUAAAGUUAGAAACUUUGGCAGCUGA